AUGGUGAUCGCUGAUCUAUUCUUCCGACAGUACCUCCUCCUCCUCGUUGCUUUUAUAAAAUUCUCACUCUAUUCAUAUGUCAAACUGUUCGUUAUCUAUCUAUCUAUCUAUCUAUCUAUCUAUCUAUCUAUCUAUCUAUCUAUUUCAGUCUGUCCAUAUCUAUCUCUCCAUCUCUCUAUCUAUGUAUCUAUCUACCUCAGUCUGUUCUUCGGUAUCUCUCCUCCUCUCUUUAUUUAUUUCAGUCUAUUCCUAUCUAUCUAUCUAUCUAUCUAUCUAUCUAUCUAUCUAUCUAUCUAUCUAUCUAUCUAUCUAUUUCAGUCUGUCCAUAUCUCUCUCUCCAUCUAUCUAUAUCUCUAUCUAUCUCUCUAUAUAUCUAUCUACCUCAGUCUAUUCUUCGGUAUCUCUCUCCCUUUCUUUAUCUAUUUCAGUAUCUAUCUAUCUAUCUAUCUAUCUAUCUAUCUAUCUCUCUAUCUAUCUAUCUAUCUAUCUCGUCAUGAGAAUAUAUGUCACGAUUUCGAGUCCGGUCGUUAUAUUCACUUAACGCGUGAAAUAACUUAUCUAUCUAUCUAUCUAUCUAUCUAUCUAUCUAUCUAUCUAUCUAUCUAUCUAUCAUCAUCUCUUCUCUAUCCCCAUUUCUUCAUAUCUAUCUAUCUAUCUAUCUAUCUAUCUAUCUAUCUAUCUAUCUGCAUGUUCAUAUAUAUCUAUCCAUCCUCAUCUCUUCAUGUCUAUCUAUCUAUCUAUCUAUCUAUCUAUCUAUCUAUCUAUCUAUCUAUUCUCAGCUCUUCAUAUCUAUCAAUCAUCAUCUCUUCAUAUCUAUCCUCAUUUCUUUAUAUCUAUCUAUCUAUCUAUCUAUCUAUCUAUCUAUCUAUCUAUCUAUCAAUCACUCAACCCAACCUAGAUGCCCCACCAGUGCAAAGCCCAACAAGUGGUCCGGAAGAUGUCCACUAG